GGGAAGACUAGAGGGAACAAGAUGGCUGGCUGAUGCGGGACGGGAGGAGAGUUUCUCGACUUUUUCACAAAGUAAGAAGCACCUGGGUGUCUGAAAAUACAGUGAAAUUGAUGUGAAGUUGUUUUUCUUUUUCGUACAUUUGUUUUUUUUGCUUGUUUUCUUGCACAAAAACCGUUUUCACUUCCAGACUGAAGUUUUUCGGAUUUUUAUUGUAGGGUUUUCCUUGUUACUUUAAUCAGUUAGGGUAAUAAAAAGUAUUUUUUGCAAUAUUUUACAGUAUUAUUAAGUCACUGAACACGUGUUCGGAAACUUUGUAAACGAAAUGAGCUCCAGUCGAAGCCGUUGUCAAGCAGCCAGAGCGUCGAGCUCUGCGCAUGCGCAGAAGCCAUCGCAGACGCAGCCGCAGCCUCUGCCGGAUGAAGGUCUGGAGAUGGAGAGGAUGGAGCCCCAAGGAGAAGUGGGGCUCGGUGUCCCGGAGGAUCAGCCUUCUCCAGCGUCCAGCUCCAGCUCGAGACAGGCGUGGAGCCGGGACAACCCGGGAUUCGAGCCGGAAGAGGGCAUGGAUGCGAACUGGAGCCCGGGACGGAGGUCUUUGUCCGACACUUCGAGCAGCGGCAGCGGCAUCAGCGGUCUCGGGAGCUUCGCCGGCGGGAGCAACGCGCGCAUCCACCGCGGGCUGUACCCGACUCCUCCCGCUGACAGGCUCCACCAGGAGCCGCCCGGUUUGAGGGCGAGGAUCCUGGAGAAAAUCAGACUUUUGUGGGGCACACGUCUCCUGGAGGAGAGAGACAGCAGCAGAGAGAUGUACCUCAAGAAUGUCCUGAGAGAGAUGAUCACUUAUAUCCUUUUCCUCAUCACCUUAUGCAUUUUAACAUAUGGGAUGAUGAGCACUAACAUGUACUACUACACCAAAGUCAUGUCUCAACUCUUCCUGGAUACACCACUGUCAAGUGGAGAUGCCACCACCUUCAGGAGCCUCUCCACCAUGGAGGACUUCUGGAAAUACACAGAGGGGCCUUUUCUGAAUGGGAUGUACUGGGAAGUGUGGUACAACAACAAGAGCCUGCCAGAGAACCAGAGCCUGAUCUAUUACGAGAAUUUGCUGUUGGGAGUCCCGCGCCUGCGUCAGGUCAAAGUCUUCAACGAGUCAUGUCCCGUUCACGAGGAGCUGAAGGACGAAGUGUACGACUGCUACGGCGUCUACGCAGCUGCCUACGAGGACAAGAAACCGUUCGGACUGAAAAACGGCACUGCGUGGGUGUAUUCUGAAGAGGUCAGCCUCGGGGAAAGCAGCUACUCGGGUGAAGUGUCCACGUAUAGAGGAGGAGGUUUUUAUCAGGAUCUGUCUCGCACCAGAGACAAGUCAGAGAGAGAGCUGCAGGAGCUGAAGGCAAACCUGUGGCUGGAUCGAGGCACCAGAGCCGUGUUCCUUGACUUCUCCGUCUACAACGGCAACAUCAACCUCUUCUGCAUCGUCAGAUUGCUGGUGGAGUUUCCAGCCACAGGGGGCGCUGUGACCUCAUGGCAGUUCCAGACUGUACGCUUGGUGCGCUAUGUGUCCAGCUGGGACCAUUUUGUAGGGCUGUGCGAGGUUAUUUUCUGCUUCUUCGUGCUGUACUACAUGGUGGAGGAGGUGCUGGAGAUCCGCCUGCACCGCCUGCGCUACUUCAAAAGCUUGUGGAACUGCAUGGACGUGCUCAUAGUAACGCUGAGCGUGCCAGCCAUCAUUAUGAAUAUCUACAGGACGUCAGCGGUCAACAACAGGCUGAAGUUCCUGCUGGAGAACCACAGCACGUACCCGAACUUCGGACCACUCGCUCGGCUGCAGGUUCAGUUCAACAAUAUGGCCGCCAUCAUUGUCUUUCUCGCCUGGGUCAAACUAUUCAAGUUCAUCAAUUUUAAUAAGACCAUGAGUCAGCUUUCCAGCACUGUGUCCCGGUGUGCUAAAGACCUCCUGGGAUUCGCCAUCAUGUUCUUCAUCGUGUUCCUGGCAUACGCUCAGCUGGCGUACCUGGUGUUCGGAACACAACUCAAUGACUUUAGCACCUUCCAAGCCUGCAUUUUCACACAGUUCCGGAUCAUCCUAGGAGACUUUGACUUCUCAGAGAUCGAAGAGUCGGAUAGAGUCCUGGGCCCGAUUUACUUCACCACCUUUGUUUUUUUCAUGUUCAUGAUUCUGUUGAAUAUGUUCUUAGCCAUCAUCAAUGACACUUAUGCAGAGGUGAAGGCUGACAUGGCGCAGCAGAGAUCCGAAAUGGAGAUUACCGACCUCAUUAAAAAGGGCUGCCACAAGGCGAUGGUGAAACUGAGGCUGAGAAAGACGGCAGUAGAUGACAUCUCCGACAGCCUUCGCCAGGCAGGAGGGAAACUUAACUUCGACGAGCUCCGGCAGGACCUGCGAGGAAAAGGACACUCAGACGCUGAGAUCGAAGCCAUUUUCGCCAAGUAUGAUCUGGACGGAGACCAGGAGCUCACUGAGCAUGAACACCAGCAGAUGAGGGACGACCUGGAGAAAGAGAGAGACUUGGAUUUGGAACGGAGUUCGCUGCCCAGGCCUCUGAGUGGGCGGAGCUUCUCUCGUAGCCAGGACGACUCGGAGGAGGACGACGACGAGGACAGUGGACACAGUUCCCGUCGCCGUGGCAGCAGCUCUGGGGGUGUGUCUUACGAGGAGUUCCAAGUGCUGGUGCGGAGGGUGGACCGUAUGGAGCACUCGAUUGGCAGCAUCGUGUCCAAGAUCGAUGCAGUUAUUGUGAAGCUGGAAGCCAUGGAACGGGCCAAGCUGAAGAGGAGAGAGGUCCUUAGCAGACUGCUGGAUGGUGUCAUAGAGGAUGAAAGGUUGGGUAGAGAUACGGAGGCUCACAGGGAGCAGAUGGAGCGGCUGGUGCGAGAGGAGCUGGAGCGGUGGGAGUCAGACGAUGCCAUCUCUCAGGUCAGCCAUCAGCAGGCUGCUCCUGUUGGUCCAGGAGCUCAGCCCCGCCCACGCAGCACUCGCCCCUCCUCCUCAUUGUCCACUGAGGGUCCAGACACCGGAGGCAGUGGAGGUGGACAGGUGUAAGACCUUCACCGGUCACACGGCCAUAUAAAAUAUUUCAGCAGUAUUUUCCUUUGUUUAUAUGAUGGUACAUCAGUUUUGUAUUAUUUUUCUGAGCAUUAAUGAAGGCACAAUUACACACUUUAUCAGUUUUAGUGCAGGAACUAAGCAAAAUAGAUCUAGGUUUAUGCAUAAAAGUUGUAGGGCUUUUUCUUUGCAAUUAUGCAGUGUGUGUAUACAGUAUAUACAUACACACAUACAUACACAAGGGAAGAAAUUAUUAAAUUGGAGCUUUUGAUAGAUACAGACCACGCCAGACAGGAAACAUCCCACAAGAGCUGCAGGUUUGGAGAUGCUCUGACCCAGUCGUCUAGACAUCACAAUUUGUCCCUCAUCAAACUCUCUUAAAUCCUUACGCUUGCCCAUUUUUCCUACUUCCAACAUGUCAGAUUUGAGGAGAAAAUGUUCACUUGCUGUCUCACAGGUGCCAUGAUGAAGAGAUAAUCAGUGUUAUUCAUUUUACUGGUCAUGAUGUUAUAAUGUCAUAAUGUCUGAUCUGUGAAUAGUAUCCAAUAGUAUAACAUAAUGACAGUAUUUUAUUUUGUUAUAUUUAAUUAUUGGAGUGCAGUAUAAGCCCGCCGGUAAGUGCCUGUUAAAAAUACAUUAUAUGGGCAAAAGUGUGUGGACACCUGACCAUAAGAUUCAUAUGUGCUUUUUGAAUUCCACAGCGAGUCCCCAUUUGCUGUUAUAAAAACCUCCACUCUUCUGGGAAGACGUUCCAUUGGUUUUUAGAGUGCGCUUGUGGAGAUUUUGUGUUGAUUCAGCUAUAAGGGUGUUAGUAAAGUCAGGUACUGAUGUAAGAUGUGAAAGUCUGAGGUGCUGUCAGUAUUCCAAUUCAUCUCAAAAUUGUUGAGUAGAGUUCAGGUCAGAUCUCUAUAGCAGCCCAUUCAAGAUCUUCCACUCCAACCCAUUUAAAGCAUAUCUUCAUGGAUCUGGCUUUGUGUACAGGACGAUGCCAUCUUUACAGCAUCCAAAAGACGUCCUGUACAAUUGUGUGAAUCCAACUUUGUGACAACAGUUUCGGGAAAGAAGUACAUAUGGCUGGAAAAGUCAGGUGUCCCAAUAAUUAUGUCUAUAUAGUGUACAUUAUUUAAAUGUAAUACGCUUGUUUUUAUAUUUAAUUAAUAAUCUGAUACAUCAGUUUACUAUUUACAAAAAUAUAUGAAUAAAUCGGAUAUUCUUCCCCGUCAUUUAGGGUUUUGUUUUGUUUCUGUAAUUAUUAAAAAAAUAAAUAUAUAUAAAAAAUUUACAUUUUUUUACAUUUUACGUCCACACUAUUAUUUCUCAAUGACAGUACUAAUUUAAGUCACACAAUGAAGUCAUUUUCUUGAUAUAAAACUUCAGUUAACCCAUUUAUUUGUAGUCGCUUUCACUUAAUAUAGUCGCAUGAGCGGCAUGCCUUGUCACAGGAGAUGUAUUUCUAAUUACUGUCAUUUUCUUUUAAUCCAUUUAAUAUUUGUAACUUGAAACAAACUUCGAUUCGGAGUGCAUCUGCUUUCAUGAGAAGCUUACUGUGUGCUGGUUAGACUCGUUUAGCUGAAGUCGGAAUGUGUUUUUUUUUUUUUUUUUUGCUGAUAUUAGUUUUCCCUCACCACGCAAUCUGAAUUCUCUUGACUCGGGUUGAGCGAGCUGAUGUAAUGCGAUGAUGUCCGUAUCGAGAUGACAUAAUCUAGGUACUACAUGUUACUAUUUUUGUACCAAUUUCUUUGUUUAUGUAUUUUUUUUGUGUGUGUGUGUGUCAAUCCUUUAGUUUUGUUGGCAAACUUUAAGCUACAUAUUCUUGACACCCCUUUUUCUUUCGUCCACACUUUUCUUUUUUUGGUAUUUUAUAUUCCUUGAUUAAGGCUGAUAUUCAGUAUGAUUCAGUAUGGCGCUCUAUUUUGCAAUUUGCCAACAUUGUAUGCACAACAUGAGCUCGAGCGGUGAGAGCAGAACUUGUAUCAGCGAACAGCUCAGGAUAUUUGGCUUUGCAUUUCUGACUUUUUUAAAAAUCAGUGUUAUUGUUUUAAUAUCUGCAUUGUUUGAGAAUAAAAGAUUUGCACAUUUUAAAA